CGUGCAUAUACUCCAUGGCUCUGGCACUUACCACAAACCUGUUCAACCUGUUCGUUCUUGACAAACAAGCUUGAUUCGGUGCCAUAACACAUCCUUUAUCGAUUCUAGCCUCCCUGUUGGGUCCUACCACUGGUGUUUGCUAACAAAGCGAAACUGUACGGGACCUUGAGACCUCCUUUCGACAUCACUUGGAAAACCCGGUUCGUCGAUCAAACUAUGGCAAGUUCCUCACAAGACGAAGUUUUACCUGGGGUUGAACUCAACUCGAGUCAGAAACGAGUUAGUACGGGAACCUCAAAAACCCAGCAGCGUGUCUCUUUAGCUUGCGUUCCUUGUCGUCAUAAGCAUAUAAGGUGCGAUGGACUUGAGACAUGCACUCGAUGCAAAGAAGAGGGUAAACCGUGUCGUUACAUCAAGACACGUCGAGGGAUCCGAGAUUCAAAGAAGACAAGUAUGAUGAAGGAAGAGACUUUGGUGAAUCUUGGUUCUCAGCUUGUACCAGAGAAGUUCUCCCCUUCAUGCCUACUUGAUUUGGGACACGCAGCCUCACCUUUGUGUCAUGCUGUGCUCCACGGUGCAGGGCAGCCAGAUUACAGAUCUAGAGUUUUGUUUCUGGCAGAGUUCCUGAAAAAGUCUGGGGAAUUCUGGCCCAGGUCGAAGGCGUUAUCUGACGUUUUCAUGGAGGCACUGGGCCGAGGCGGCCAUGAGCAUGGGUAUAUGGAGCUUUCUCAGGCUAUGUCGGCGGUUGGUGAUACACCUGCGUCUACAACUGAGGGAGGCUCUCUCUGGCUCAGGUCGCCCACAGUAGAGCAUAUGGGUGGUUGGUCGGGGCUGCCAUCAUACUCGCUGCAAUGUGAGCCGGAGACGGGUGACGUGACUUGGGGAGGAAAUCUAACUCAAGUUCCUGGCGGAGAUAUGACAGCCUCGGAUACAACAGCGGGCGCAGGAAGUUCAGUUUCGAAUAUUUAUGUCGAAGCAGGGUGUUUAGGUGACAAGUCGGCGGGAGGCUCAGUUCCUGUGAAAGUAGAGGAGGGGUGACUACAAUGUGUCCUCGUCGUUGUAUGUCCAUAUCUAGAUAAGAGUUUGACCUAGUUUGGAGGAGGAAGUGGUAGUAAAUUUAACACAGAUUUCCGAGACUCAUUCAAAUUUAAUGAUACAAAAGAG